GCGCAAUGUGCGCAUUGUCUCCUGUCAUCUUGGCUCGCCACCCUGGUCCGCAGGGCAGGGACAGAUUUCCUCUCGUCACUGCGCUCUCUGGGAAGGAGGUGAUUGUUGUGUCAGACCAUGGGGAACAGAGACGACGAGUAUGACUUCUUGUUCAAAGUCGUUCUUAUCGGAGACUCUGGAGUGGGGAAGAGUAACCUGCUGUCCCGUUUCACGAGAAAUGAGUUCAACCUGGAGAGCAAGAGCACUAUCGGCGUGGAGUUUGCCACCCGCAGCAUCCAGGUGGAUGGCAAGACGAUAAAGGCUCAGAUCUGGGACACAGCUGGACAGGAGCGCUACAGAGCCAUCACCUCUGCGUAUUAUCGGGGUGCGGUUGGGGCUCUCCUAGUUUACGACAUUGCCAAGCACCUGACGUACGAGAACGUGGAGCGCUGGCUGAAGGAGCUGAGAGACCACGCCGACAACAACAUCGUCAUCAUGCUGGUGGGAAACAAGAGCGACCUCCGCCACCUCAGAGCCGUGCCCACCGACGAGGCUCGAGCGUUCGCAGAGAAAAACACGCUGUCCUUCAUUGAAACGUCAGCGCUGGACUCCACAAACGUUGAGGAGGCAUUCAAGAACAUAUUCUCAGAAAUCUACCGCAUCGUGUCACAGAAGCAGAUAGCCGACAGAUCUGCGCACGACGAAUCUCCGGGCAACAAUGUAGUGGACAUCAGUGUCCCUCCAACCACCGACGGGCAGAAGGGCAACAAACUGCAGUGCUGCCAGAGCCUGUGACGGCGCUCGCCCUGUCCUCCACGUUCACCUCGCCAUCACAUCAGCUGUGCACUUUCCCCUCUGUAGCUCUGCUCACGGCCAACUCCCUCUUCACUGUACCCCCACCACUCUUUUUUUUUUUCUCUCUGUUUUAUAUAGUACAUUUGAAGUCACUCGUGCUCUUGCUGCCAUGAAAGAAAAACCUUCAGAAGCCUUUCUAUGUGUCUUGGUCAGUGGAGUCGUUCCUGGAGUCAGUGUGAAGGACCAUGCCAUGAAGGAGGGGGGCGUUCGCUUGUUCGCCUCCCGUCAGGUUGUUCUGACACCGACAACACAACGCUGACAUUAGUAGGGAGGUAGUGAAACACAUUUCAACAGCUACCACUAGAUGGUACUGCGUAGCUAGACCGCAGACAGACACUCCAGCCUGGUGAAGCAGUAUUAUGAGUUUGACAGUGUGGUUCUUACUCCCCUCUUACAUCAGCUACGAUAUCAUGCCAAAAAUAUCCUCAUUAUGUAUUUAUUGAAGACGAUUUGGCUUAGGUUUGUCAUUGUUUUACUCUCAGUUGAAGAACUGUAAAAA